AUUUCUUGUAAUCGAUUGAAUUGCUGUCUGAGCUGUUGUAAUGCGCAACGAUUUUCUGAGUGAUGAGGCCAAUUUGGCAAUUCAGUCAGAUUCGUUUAUACAUCCUGGGAGGUGGUCGCACUAAAGUUAGGUUGUCGACAAACUACAUUUUCCCCCCAUCGAGACACGAUUUGCGAUUUUGAGGAAGAAUGACCAGUCGGGCACGUGCAAGAUCACGAGGCAGGGCUCGUGGUCAGGAGCCAGCUGCACCUGGAGCGGCUCAGUCUCGAGAGCCUGCACCAAAAGCUGCACCACAAGCAGAGGGUGAGCUGGUUGGUCGAGGGAGGCAGAAAAGUGGCCCAGUACCUUUUGCUGAAGCAGCUGUACAACAGAUCUCAGCAGGAUUUCAUCAGGUGAAACUGGGAGAAAGAGGUGGACGUCGUAGAGAUUUCCAUGAUGUCGGAAUUUAUACCAGGCAGACAAUGGAGCAUGUCAGAGAGUCAAAGUCUGGAACAAGCGGCUCUGCUAUCCAGCUGUCAUCAAACUUCUUUCGCAUCCUCUCCCGCCCUGAGUGGCUUCUGUACCAGUACCACGUGGACUUCAAACCACCAAUGGAGUCUCGUCGCCUAAGAUCAGCCCUUCUAUUUCAGCAUGAGCAAGCCCUGGGGUCAGCUCACUGUUUUGAUGGAGCGAUUCUGUUUCUGCCUCUCAGACUUCAUAACAAGGAGACUGUGUUACACAGCAAGACAAGAAAUGGGGAGGAAGUUCAGAUAACUGUCACCUUGACAAAUGAACUGCCACCAACAUCACCAGUGUGUCUGCAGUUUUACAACAUCAUAUUCAGAAGGAUUUUGAGAAUCCUCGGCAUGCAACAGAUUGGACGCAACUACUACAAUGCCAAAGAUCCACUCAACCUCCCAAACCACAGACUGACCAUAUGGCCAGGCUAUACCACAGCUAUUUUGCAGUACGAGUCAUCUAUCAUGCUGUGUACCGACGUGAGCCACAAGGUGCUGCGUAGUGAGACGGUUCUUGACUUUAUGGUCAACCUGAGGCAGAAGUGUGGACCUCGUUCGUUCACUGAGAUCUGUGCCAAGGAGCUUGUUGGACUCAUCGUUCUCACUAAGUACAACAACAAAACCUACAGGAUUGAUGACAUCGCUUGGGAUCAGACCCCAAACAACACUUUCACCAGGGGGGACACAGACAUCUCCUUCAAGAACUACUACAAAAAUCAAUAUGGCCUUGAAAUCACCGAUGGCAACCAGGUGCUGCUGGUCAGCAAUGUGAAGAGGGUUCGUCCCGGUCAAGCUCUUGCUGGACCAGCUAUGCUCAUCCCAGAGCUGUGCUACCUUACAGGCCUGACUGACAAGAUGCGUGCAGAUUACACCAUUAUGAAGGACCUGAAUACUCAUACCAAGCUGCUCCCAGAACAGAGGGCAGCACGCCUCCUCAGUUUUUCAGCUACUAUAAAUAAGGAUGCUGAAGCACAGGAAGAGUUGGAGAAAUGGGGACUCAGCUUUGAUAAGCAACUCUUAAAUCUGACUGGCAGGGUUCUACCGCCAGAGAGGAUUUUCCAGGAAUCAAGAUCGUAUAGCUAUAACCCCCGGACAGCUGAUUGGAUGAGAGAGAUGCGUGGGUUGGCCGUGAUCUCUUCUCCUCCACUGCAAAACUGGCUGCUGCUCUACACAAGACGGAACACCAAGGAAGCUCAGAGCCUCCUGCAGACCCUCCACAAAGUCACACCACCACUUAGGAUCUUGUUACAAAAAGCUGUCAUGAUUGAGUAUGAAGAUCACCAGGAGUCUCUCCUGAGAACCCUACAGCAAAAUGUUGGAAAUGAAAUACAGAUGGUGGUGGUGAUCCUUAGCAGUAACAGGAAGGACAAAUACGACAGCAUUAAGAAAUACCUUUGUGUAGAUUGCCCCACUCCCAGCCAGUGUGUUUUGGCCCGCACCCUCAGCCGACCUCAGGCCCUCAUGACUAUUGCUACCAAGAUUGCACUGCAGAUGGCCUGCAAAAUUGGAGGAGAGCUAUGGAGUGUGGAAAUCCCUCUCAAGCAGCUGAUGAUUGUGGGCAUUGACUGCUACCAUGAUACAACUGCUGGGAAAAGGUCCAUUGGUGCUCUGGUGGCCAGCCUAAAUCAGAGCAUGAGCAGGUGGUACUCAAAGGUCAAAUUGCAAAACAGAGGGCAGGAAAUUAUGGAUGGGCUGAAGAUGGCUUUUGCUGGUGCACUCAAAGACUACUUCAAGUUCAACAGAUGCCUUCCGUCACGUAUCGUUGUGUAUCGUGAUGGAGUGGGAGACGGCCAGCUGCACAGCGUGGUAAACUAUGAGGUCACCCAGAUCAUUGACUCCAUCAAGUCCAUGGGGCAAGACUACAUGCCCAAGCUGAGUGUGGUGGUGGUAAAGAAGCGCAUCAGCUGCAGGUUCUUUGAGCACUGCAAUGGAAAGAUAUGCAACCCACCUCCAGGGACUGUCAUUGACUCAGAAGUUACCCGUCCAGAAUGGUAUGACUUCUAUGUUGUGAGCCAGGCUGUCACCUUUGGAAGCGUGUCUCCAACCCACUACAAUGUUGUGUAUGACACCAGCGGACUAAAGCCUGAUCAUAUGCAGAGGCUCACCUACAAGCUUUGCCACAUGUACUACAACUGGCAGGGGAUCAUUGCAGUACCAGCCCCCUGCCAGUAUGCCCACAAAUUGGCCUUUCUUGUGGGUCAAAGCAUCCACAGGGAGCCCAGCAUGGAGCUGGAUAACCUCCUUUUUUAUUUGUAGAAGAAAGGUUGUUUGUUUUGUUCUUUGACCUUGUUUUUGUCAGGCCUUGACUUUGAUUUAUGUUGCUCAGUUUUAUGUUUUAUACCACCAUUUUCCAACAACAAUGGCAUUUGUUUUUUCGAGGAAAUUUAAGCCAAUGAAAAGAAUUUAAUUCUGUUAUUUGACAUUUGUGGACUUUCUACAAUGUAGAGUUGCAGCAACGACUACAAGGUAGUUUUUGUUGGAGUUUUUGAAAUUCCUUUGGCUGCCAACCAAUCCAGGGUGUACCCCACCUCUUGCCUGAAGUUUACCCUUGACCCUGAAGAGGACAGGUGGUGUAGAAAAAAUGUGUAUUGUUUAAUGAUUUGUUACAAGGUUGCUAAAUUGAGCUUUUCAUUAAAAGAUUUCAAACCAG